AAGCAAGCUGAACUCUGUUGGCCAAUGAGAAGGGCGGAUUCUGCUGCUCGAAGUCCACAUACUUUUCUGGAAGCUUGGCGCCUGGUAAACUAAACUGUGGAGGAUUCGGGGGGAAUUUUAAUGUUGGUGGACCUCUCAGUCCGCUCCCUCCUCGUCGUAGACGCCGACAGAGACCAUCGCUCGGACGGCAAUUGACCAGGUUCGGUGCCCAGCUCGCCAAGCGGGAGCCAUGCCUGUCCCCGCUGGAUACGUCAGCGACUCCCCAGCAGCGGCCUUCGCAUCCUCGGCCUCGCUUAUUCCACCGCCACCGAUAAACACCCAGCAGCCCGGUGUUGUCACCUCGCUGCUGUACAGCGGCUCCAAGUUCAGGGGCCACCAGAAGAGCAAAGGGAACUCGUACGACGUUGAGGUUGUUUUGCAGCAUGUCACCAUGGAGGAUUCCUACCUGUGUGGCUACCUGAAGAUAAAAGGACUGACUGAGGAAUACCCAACUCUCACCACGUUCUUCGCCGGGGAGAUCAUCAGCAGGAAGCGGCCGUUUCUCACCCGUAAAUGGGAUGCGGAUGAGGAUGUGGAUCGUAAGCACUGGGGCAAGUUCCUGGCUUUCUACCAGUAUGCAAAGACGUUCAACUCGGAUGAUUUUGACUAUGAGGAUCUGAAGAGCUCUGACUAUAUUUUCAUGAGGUGGAAGGAGCAGUUCCUGGUCCCCGACCACACAAUAAAAGACAUCAGCGGAGCUUCCUUUGCCGGAUUCUACUACAUAUGCUUCCAGAAAUCCACAGCAACGAUCGAGGGCUACUACUAUCACAGGAGCUCCGAAUGGUACCAGUCUCUAAACCUCACCCACGUUCCCGAGCACAGUGCAGCCAUCUAUGAGUUCCGAUGACCCCGGCCGGCAUCGUGGAUCUUUUCUUGAUGGACACAGACUUGAGGCAAAGCGGAGGUCUGCAGAUGCUACCGAGAAUGAAAAAAGGAGAACGACUAGGGAUGAGAAUUUUGGACUCUGGAGAAGUGCAAACUCCUACAUGUUCCCAAUAACUGGACGGACAGCGGAUUGACCGGUGGACGGGGAUAGCGGACAAAUGAAUGUAUGGUUGAGAUGAGAAGAAAGGAAGAAAGAGCCGUUGUGCUCCCUGGCUGGAGCUUGUAAAGUUCCAACCAGCAGCAGAGACUGGGUGUGGCUCACAUAGUGUACCCCUGUCUCCUUUCGUUUUAACGUCUGGUAUUAAAAAAAAACGCUUGGCGCAGUAUCUCGAGACACUUUAUAAACUGAGUUGAGAAUUCCCCUUCUUGUUUUGCAACUAGAAGCGUCUACGUUGGACAAGGAUUCCUCUGAGGAGUCUGCUCCUAUAGACACGAUCUCUAAAGAAGUAGCGUCUGUGAGGAAGAAAAGCACGAGAGUAGUUUGGGUUCAUGAUUGAUUGGAGCUUUAAUCAGCCCAUAAGCUAGAAUGGCAGUAUUUUUUGGAGCUAAGCUGGGUCUUUGUUUGCCUGCCAAGAUGAUAUUUUGUUAUUUUACUCUAAUUGAUGGAGGCAGAGUGACACUUUUAAAGGCUGCAAUGUCAGUGACAAGCAAAACAAGCUUUCCCCCCCCCCCAUGUUCAUACAACUCCAUGGGAGAUUAUUAUCAACAUGUGAUUGCUGUGGAUCUUGCUCUAUUGCGUUACAUUUGCACAAACAUGGACUAUAUGUUACUAAUGCUUGCAGUCAGGAUUUACACUUGCGUGCCCUCGUACACAAGGUGGCAGGACAAGCUUUUUAACUCGUUUUUAAGGGUUUGACUGCACGGGGGAGUUCAGAGCCAAAACAAUCACUUAAAAGUAUUUAAAAAAAAAAAAAAAAAAAAAAAAAAAAAAAGUAUUUUUACUUUGCACUCUGCAUUUAACAAAGAGCUUUUUACUCCCUCAUUUGUCAUUUUAAAUGAAGAUCCCCUCUAUCCCCACGUUUCUGUUCCCUCGACUAUGCAACACUUUCAACAUAGAGCUCUUUAAACAUAAAACCUGCAGUUUUCAGAGACAGAAUUUUAUUCUAUCCUCAUAGUAUAUGAAAAGAAAAAGAAUCUAUCUUAAUAAAAGGAAAUAUUUUUGUUAAAUUGCCUGUGAAAACAUUACCUGAUCAUGUUCCCUUCCCACGUGACUGUGCCAUCUUUCUAAAGCUUAUCAGAGUUGUAUUAUAACAGUGUGUUUUUUGAGAAUAAGCCUGGAUUUGAUUGACGGUGUGACUGUAAAGAAUGGAUUUUAAAAAAAUCAUAUCAAAAUACCUUUUCACUGUGUCUUGCUUGUUUGACCAAUGUGCUACAUCAUGUGUUUAGGUGAUAUUUUCAUAACACACCUCAAGUUAAUUAUUAUUUACUCAUUUUAAAGUCUAAAACAUUGUAUACAGUUCAAUAACAAUUCAAAGUAUUUGUCAACACUGUCAAUUAAUAAACUUGAUUGUGUACUUGAAU